AUGUCGGAAACAUUUAUCAAGUCAAAGGAGGAGGAGUUCGGCCAUGCUGCGAUCGACCAUAAGGAAGUCUUGAACAACACUGAUCUCAUGCAUGAUGCCUUCGAUGCUGAACAGCGCGAGCAUGAGCAGGGUGUUUGGGCUGCUGCCAAGGCCCAUCCUUGGGCUUGCUUCUGGGCCUUCGUUAUGUGCUUCACCAUUGUUAUGGAGUCGUUCGACAUGUUCCUGACCGGAAAUUUUGUCGCUCUCCCUGUCUUCCAGAGACACUACGGAGUCCACGUCGAGGGUUCAGGCUGGACGAUCGAAACAAAAUGGCAGAGCGCUCUCUUCCAGGCAGGACAGUGUGGUGCUUUUGUGGGUGUCUUCGUUGCCGGACCAAUUACCAACAUAUUCGGUUACCGAUGGACAACAAUCUUUGCUCUGAUGCUCAUGAAUGCCACUAUCUUCGUCUCGUUCUUUUCCAACUCUUUGGAGCUCCUUGUCGUCGGACAAGCCCUCGAAGGUGUACCUUGGGGUUUCUUCAUUGCCAACUCCCCAGCCUACGCUUCCGAGAUCGUGCCGCUUGCCCUUCGUGGUGCUUGCACUGCAACGCUGCAGGUGAGUUGGUCUAUCGGAUAUAUGAUCGUUGCUGGCGCUACGUAUGCCUACAACAAGAGAGAUGAUCAGUGGGCCUGGCGUUUGCCCUUGGCCUUGCAAUGGAUCUUUCCAACCCCCAUCUUGAUUCUCGUGUUCUUCGCCCCUGAAUCCCCCUGGUGGCUGCUUCGCAAGGGUCGCAAAGAGGAGGCACUACGCUCUAUCCAGCGUCUUGGAAACGGUGACAAGGAGAUAUCUCACAAGAAGCUUGCCAUGAUGGAGCGUACUGUUAAGAUUGAGGAGGCAGAGGGCCGAAGCCCUUCUCUGAUCGACCUUGUCAAGGGUACCGACUUGAGACGAACGAUCAUCACUUGCUUGAUCUACGCCUCGCAGAACUUUGCUGGCAACUUGAUCGCUAAUCAAGCAACAUUCUUCUUUGAACAAGCUGGUGUUGCAACCGAGCGUGCGUUCCAGCUUAACAUCAUCAACGCGUGCCUCCAGUUCAUUGGCAACAUCAUUGCUAUUCCCAUGAGCGGUUUCCUGGGCCGCCGUACCAUCUACCUCUGGGGAACAAUCGUCAAUGUCACCUUCCUGAUGAUUCUCGGCAUCGUUGCCACACUUCACCAAAGCACUGCCACUAAUUACGUACAAGCUGUCCUCGGUAUAUUAAUCUCCUUCGUCUAUGCUCUGUGUCUCGGACCUAUCUCAUACACGAUCAUCGCCGAGACCUCGUCUGUCCGACUUCGUGCUCUGAGCACUGGUGUCGGUCGUGCCGCCUACUAUGUAGCCGAGAUCCCUAUGAUCUACCUGGCUUCGAAUCUCUUGAACCCUACUGGAUGGAACCUUGGUGGACAGUGCGGGUAUGUCUGGGGAGGCACUGCGGCUGUUUGCUUCAUCUCGGCCUACUUCUUCCUUCCUGAGCUCAAGGAUCGUUCAUACCGUGAGGCUGAUAUCUUGUUCAAGCGCAAGAUUCCCGCGAGGAAGUUCAAGUCAACUGUCAUCGAUGUCAGAGACAACGAAUAA